AUGAUCAUGUUGAACUGGUUGAAUAAAAUGGAUAGCAAUACGCUCUUCUACUUCCUACUCAAUAUCAGCUCGUCGUUCUGUUUGGCUGCAGCUCAUAAUGCACUUUACUUUGUAUUGGAUAUACGUACUACAGUGAUACACUUCCUUCAUUAUCUACUCGCAUUCGUCUUAUUAAUUCUUUCCCAUGGAACUGGUGCUCAUGCAAACUUAUCAAAUAAACUUCCGGCAAAAGCUUUCAUUAAACCAGUCCUCAUACAACUUCUUAUCGUUUUAUUAUCCACCUUGGUGCACUCGCAACAAAAAUCCGGUAGUCUUUAUCUUAUCAGGGUAUUCGAUUUUAUUACGAUGCUCAUCAUUAUCAAAUACGGGAAACAAGUACUUGGCAUUGUUGAUCAGUGGCCUUCUUACGGAAUUCUUCUCCCAAUUGCAAUCGGUGGCUCGCUGAGUUGGUUGGAGUUCAGUGUUAUCGAGUACGAUCGUAUUGGUCUUAUUUUGAGUCCGUUGUUGGCUGCAGUUCAAGGGCUACAAAUUUUACAGUUACAAAAGUGCUAUAAAAUGAUCGCUCCGAAUCAAGUACAACUAUUUUCACUUUAUUUUACAGGACUCACUGCCUCGGUACUUGCAAUACCUGCCCUUUGCUCAUGGUCAACGUCGCAUGUGUCUAUGGAUGCGUCUUGGGAAUCAAUUGAUUACGUUCUGAUCAUGAUGUCGAUCGUGUUUAUGGCAAAUUUCAAAUACUCAGAGUUAUGGUUGCAAUUGAACUUAGAUGCACGUGACUUUUUCGUGCUUGAACAAAGCAAAUUUUGGCUUGCAAGCAUUGGUCAGUGGUUCAUACAGAAUAUGGCUCAUGCAACCAUAUUCAGCAUAGCUGGUAAAAUACUGAUGUUUGGUGGUGUUAUUCGCUAUGUUGGAUACUUGAAUCGGCAUCAAAGUGAACAUCAUAAACCUUAG